GAACACUUGGCAGUUAUCCUAGCCAGAAAGUACAUCUUGCUUCUUGCCAUGUGGCUUCCUCAGGUCUAUACCUUCCUCUUCUGUCUCCACACAGCUUUCUCUGUGGUGAAUAAGAAGGGAACUGGUCCGAAUAUUGAAAUAAAAGACACUCAACUACACUCUGCUAUAAGAAACUGUAAACUUGACGAGGUUACCAGGCUUCUUGACAAAUUUACUGAUGCUAACAUUAAAGGAAAAGGAGGUCUUACACCUUUACAUAUCGCUGCUGAAAAAGGCAAUGAAGCUAUCGUAAAUUUGCUGAUAUCUAGAAAUGCAAGUAUUGAAGUAAGAGACGAUACCAACGACACUCCGUUACACAAGGCAGCACUCAGUGGAAAUCUUAAUGUGUUCAAAAGUCUUCUUAAUCACUCCUCGGAUGUUAACAUUAAAGGAUAUAACGGCCAUACACCUUUGCACAUGGCUGCCGAAAAGGGCUCUGAAAUUAUCGUGAAUUAUCUAUUGUCCAAAAAUGCGAAUGUAAACGCAAGGGAUUAUUUCGAUGAAACUCCAAUGCACAAAGCAUUGGAUUAUAAGAAUUUUAAUAUAUUCAAAAUUCUUCUCGACUCUGCUCCUGAUGUUAAUAUUAAAGGUUUUGCCGGUAACACACUUUUACAUAUUUCAGCUAUGAGAGGUUAUACAUCAUUAGUGAAUUUGUUAUUGGAAAAACAUGCAAAUGUAAAUUUAAGAAACAAAGAUAGUGACCCUCCAAUCCAUUGUGCAUUACGAAGAAAAAAAUUCGAUAUCGCUGAGAUACUUAUCGAUCACGCUACUGAUGUUAAUAUUAUAGGAAAUAGGAAUAAAACUAUUCUUCAUCUAGCUGUUGAGGAGAAGAACGAAACAAUUGUUAAUUUACUUCUGUCCAAAAAUGCCAGUCUGGAUAUAAAGGAUUUAUCAGGUAUCACCCCCUUGUAUUUGGCAAUAAUUCAGAAACGUAUGAAUAUCAUCGAUGCUCUUCUUAAUCAUGGAGCUAACAUCAAUAUCCAAAGUAUUGAGGGACUCACACCUUUGAUGUACGUUGCUUUGAAUAAUGAUACGGAAAUGGUACAGUUACUUCUUAAAAGAAAUGCUUCCUUAGAAAUAAGAAACAAUAACGGUAAUGCUGUAAUACACUAUGCAGCAUUAAGCGGAAACAUUAAAAUACUUGAAAUACUUCUUGACCACAAAGCAGAUGUGAAUAGUAAGGGGGAGAACGGCAAAGCGCCUCUGAAUUUCGCAGUUCGGAUGAGCCCCAUGAAUAUUAAUUCACGUGGGUUUCCAUUCAGAGUCAUUGAUUAUCACAAUAUAUAUAGCCCUCGCAAUCAUACUGACAUGGAAAAUACAAUAGUCGCUGCAGUGAAGACUCUCGUGAAAUACGGGGCCGAACUAAAUUCGAAAAAUCUCCUCGAUCAAACUGUGCUGCAUGAAGCUGCAGCUUUAGGUUAUCCUCAAGUCGUUUCCUACCUCCUUUCUAAGAAUGCAAGUUUCAGUAUCGAAGAUUAUGUUUGCUUCACCCCAAUCCAAUGGGCAGCUAAUAAUGGAAACGUAGAGGUUAUAAAGGCAUUGUUAGCACAAAAGGAUGAUGUAAAUAGAAAAGGAUGUAAUGGUGUUACAGCUCUGCAUCUCGCAAUCAGAAGAAAUGAGACUAGUUUUAUUAAAUUUCUUCUUUCUAAUAAUGCUGAUCCAAACGUGAUGAGCGAAGACGGACGGACGCCUUUAGAUUUAGCUUUUAAUCCUUUAUCAAAACAAAUUAUGAAAUUACUCCUUAGACAUGGAGCGAAACUGGAAGAUUAUAGUUUCUUAGGAUCAAAAGUUCUUUUCGACGCAGUUUCAAAUAAAUCAAUUGAAAUUGUUAAGCUUCUGUUGGAUAAGAAUAAAAAUCUAAACUUCUAUCCGACAGUUAUUCUUAACCAUGCCAUUGGAACGCGAUUUUCAGAAGGAGUCGAUCUGCUCAUCUCUCACGGAGCAGACAUUGUGAAGAAAGACGAUCAUUGCAAUCGUCCUCUAACUUCAGCAGUUUUAUCGAAUAGUACUGAGUUCGUCAAAUUACUUUUAGAAAAAGGCUUGAUUAAACUAAGUAAGACUAAUUUUCAAACUUUUUUAGAUGCAGAUUGUGACGUAAAGCUUCGUACACCCCAUAACGCGUUAGAGAUCCCAAAAGCAGCAGCACUGCACGUUGCUUCCUACCUCGAUCUCAAGGAUGUUGUAAAGCUGUUGAUAUCAUACGGCGCUUCAUUAGAUGUUAGAGAUAAACAGCAGAAGACACCACUUCAUUACGCCUGUGCGAAUGAUCAUGUCAAAAUUGUGGAAUUGCUUUUGAAUGCUAGUUCCAAUAAAAGUCCUGCUGAUGUCAACGGUAUUACUCCCCUUCACAUAGCCUGCAGACAAGGUCUCAUUCCAAUAGCUGAAUUGUUACUUUCCGAUCCACCAGCUGCUGUAAAUAAAGCAGAUAACAGCCGAUACACACCACUUCAUUUUGCAACUACGAACGGAUCUCUAGAAAUAGUCAAAUUGUUACUGAAUCGUGAUGCUGAUAAAGAAGCUAAGACUGUUGACCUCAAAACCCCACUACAUUUUGCAUCAAUCGAGGGCCAUAGGGAAAUAGUGGAUAUCUUACUGAAGAAGGGUGCAGAAAAAGAUGCAUAUGAUGUUGAUGGUAUGACACCAUUACACUUUGCGAUUAGAGGAAGAUAUCCGAAGGUGGUUGACUUGUUACUUCAGUCUGGAGCUGCCACCUACAGCGUAAACAUAAACGGCAGCACACCGCUUCACCUCGCUUGCGAAUGGAGCCCCAAAUUCACUGCAUACGAACAAUUGGAAAUUGUUGACAAGCUUGUACAUUUUGGCGCUAAUAUCGAAGCAAUGGAUAAGAACCAAAUGACCCCAUUACAUAUUGCGUCGAGGGACAAUUCCAUAAUAGUAGUAAAUAAACUUUUAUUCUCUUAUCGAGCAGACCUAUCGAGUAGGGAUGCAUCGCUCAACCAACCUAUUCAUUAUGCUGCUUUUCAUGGCCACUACGACAUAAUACUUAAGUUACUGGAUUACAUGAUGGAACGCAAAGGAUACAUAGAGAUGUCUGUGAAUAGCAAACACGAAACACCGUUGUUCUUAGCUUCAAGAGAAGGGCAUACAAGGCUAGUAGCUUUGCUGUUACAGGUUGGAGUCGAAAGUGUUCAGCCUGACAUGUAUGGAAGGACUGCUUUGCACCGCAGUGCCGGUAGAUGGCACCCAAUAAUAGUGAAACUACUUCGACAAGCCCUUUUAAAUAAAGAAAAGGAAGAUAAGUGGGGCUUUACUGCAUUAAACUACGCUGCUUCUUGGAAAGGCCAUGAAAAAAUUAUAGGAUAUCUUUCGUCUACUCUUCUAGACAUUACAUUGUCUUAUUAUUUCAACAAUUCAAAUCCUUUUCUAUAUAAUUUGGAAGAACAAACUAUUCUAUAUGUAAAAAAAAUACAUCAUAUAAAAUUGGGAUCUCCUUAUUCUUUUAAGUCAAACAUUCAAAUUGUUGAAAUCAACUAAUUAAUAUCUGAUCAAAGUACUGGUACUGGUGGGGGGACUUAGUCCGGCAAGUGGGCCUAUUGGUCGUUUUUGCUAAUCCCGGAGUUUGAUACUACCAAUGGUUGUCUAUUGUACCUGUAUUCUGUCUCUAACCUUUUUAGUUCUUCUAAUGAAGUUCAAAAGGUUGGACCAUUUAAUGGAGGCAGCUUUGCAUCUUGGAUUCUGUCUGCUCCCAGGAGUCUGUAUCUGAGUGACGCAAAUCGGUCACAUUCCGUUAUGAAGUGGAGGGCAGUUUCAGGUGCACUUCUGCAGAGAUUACAGAGCUCAUCAUCCACUAUCCCACAGAUCUUUAAGUGUCUUUUAAGUCUGCAGUGGCCUGUUAGUACUCCGACGAUGAGUCGGAUUUCUUUCCUAGUUAGGCCCAGCAGCCAGUUUGUUGUGGAGGGAGAGGGGCUUUUAAUAAAUCUGAUCAAAGUAAUUUUGUAAUGGUAAUUUACUAUUGUCUGAUUAAAAUUUCAUAAAAUUCCAUUCCUCUUAAUUGAUGUUCCAUAAAAUCGUCCUUUUCCUCUAAAAAGUUUACAUUUUUAUUAAUUAUGAUAAGGCCUAAAGAGUAAUCAACUGGUUCUUUGCUUCCAUCUUACAGACAAGUGCUAUUUAUUUUAUUAAUGGGUUAUUUCCUGGCACUCAUUGGAGUACAUUUAUUGACUAGUACACGUUCUACAUCACAGAAUCCACAACUCAUAUGGAGUAUAGUGGAAAGUACGUGCGACACUUACUGAUCUUCAAUACAUCAUAUCGUGAAACGUAAAUAUAUUUGAUUUUUUAAUAUGAUGUAGAGAUGGUUGACCGUGGUAUAAUAUGAGAAGUUGGUCGGGGGAGUACUGUCAAAUAAAUACUAAAUUUUUAAAAAAAUAGUAUUUUUAAUUGUUUCGCCUUUAUCAUAACCUUGUUUACAUUUAUACUUACAUUAUCUUA